AUGUCUUCACUCGCACCCUCUGAGCAGCUUCAUUUUGAAAUUUAUGAAGCUAAUAAACGCAAAUAUCCUGAUAGAUCUCGUACUAGACACUCUCUCCCAUCUGAGCCUGAGAUGGGUCAAACUACACUCUUUGAAACCCUCAAUGGAGCUCGAGCACGCCGAGGAGCGAAGCACUGGGUUGAUGGUCCAAAUGAGGAAGCCAUAAUAGAAGCUUUUGAACAUAUUCGAUUUCAAGAAGGUGAUCACCCCCUCCAAGCUCGAUCUUCAUACCCACGCGGAUUCAAGCUUAGAGCUAUUCAAUAUUAUCGGUAUACUUGGAGAAAAGACAAAAACGAUCUCGACUCCCCUGUUACUGUUUACUAUGCAACAAGAAAGCUGGUAUCACCACCUCCCUUCUUUCUAAAUGGAUUAGCAAUGAAAGUUCGAUAUUAUCAGCUCGAAAAGGCUCUCGAAUAUCAUACAACAAACAACGAUGUACACACCCUGAGAUGGAAGAGCGUCUCUACGAGCUAUUCUGUUUUCAUAGAACUAUUGGAAAGCGUAUCACACAUCACUGGUUUACUCGUCAUGCAAAAGAGAUUUAUCGAAAGCUUUACCCUUCAAAAGCCAUUCAAACAGAGACUCUCCCUACAAAAUGGAUUUAUUUUAAUUUUAAGUUUUCAAAUUCUUGGUCGAUUUCUACUCUCAGAUAUCACGAAUAUGGAUCAAACUCCACUUGGCUUCGAAUUUGGAUCAUCUGAACGCACGUAUGAUCAUACAGGUAAUAAAACUGCUCUUUUGAAAGGGGGUAAAGGGGGGUGGGAGAACUGGCAAGCCACUCUUCAAAAUCUAGUUUCUGCAGAUGGAGUACCUCGAUGCAAACCUCUUCUUAUAUUUAAGGGUGCUGAGGGAGUAGGUCCUAGCACUCGUAGAGCUGAAGCUAGAAAAUACCAUAAGGGAGUAGACGUCAUUUUCAAUCCUAAAGGGUAUUGCAAUACUGAAGAGCUUUUAAAUUAG